AGUGCGAGCCUGUCGGAGCAGCCUGCGUCAUGGCAGAAGAAACGAUUGUGCACAACACCGCCAGGGCCUUGCUCGGGGUCGUAUUGCUGAUCCUAAGCCCGGUGCUUGCGUUGUGGCGGUUCAUUACAUGGCGAAUACGCUACAUGUAUCUGGGUGAAAAGUUACCCGGCCCUAAGGGCUGGCCGUUGUUGGGGGUAGUUCCCAACAUUCCAUCAUUAACCACCAAAGGUAUAUUUGAUUACUUCAUGGGAGUUGCCGCGAAAUACGGUGACUUUACUACAGGACUGUACAUUGGACCAAUAUUAUUUGUUUACACAAAGAGCCCAAAAGAUCUUGAGAUGCUUUUAUCAGGAUACAAAUACAUACAUAAAGGAAUUUUCUACAAAUUUCUUCAUCCAUGGUUGGCAACAGGUUUACUCACUUCAACUGGAGAAAAAUGGCGCUCCCGUCGGAAGGCGCUGACGCCCGCCUUCCACUUCAAGAUCAUCGACCAGUUCGUGCCGGUCUUCAACAGCUGCAGCGACGUCUUCGUGCAGCAGAUGCGCGCGCGCGUCGGGACCAAGGGCUUCGACGUCUGGGAGGACGUCAAGCUGCUCACGCUCGACGUCAUCUGCGAGACAGCAAUAGGCUACAAAAUCAAUGCACAAACAGACAGAAACUCUGAGUAUGUGAAGGCAUUGACCGAGUUGCUGCGUCUCACAGCUGUAAGGAUGUUUACACCAUGGUUGUUCUUUGACUGGAUCUAUUGGCUCACACCUGCCGGGCGAAGGUACAAGAAAUGUCUGUCCGUUCUGCACGGUACAACUGACCGGAUGAUUCGAGAGCGGAGGAAGGAUCUACUAAUGUUGGAGGAAGAAGGAGGAACGCUGGACGCUGAUGAACUAGGGCGGCGGCGGCGCUUGGUGUUUCUGGACCUUCUGAUCUUGAUGGCGCGCGACGGAAGUCUCUCAGACAUGGACAUCCGCGAGGAGGUGGACACCUUCCUUUUCGAGGGGCAUGAUACGUCUUCAGCUGGAAUUUCUUUCACCAUCUUCCUGCUCUCACGGCACUCUGAUGUCCAACAGGGCUUGCAACAACCAGGGCUUGCUUUGCAGUUUCCUGUCCUUCCCGGCUACCGUGUUUCCGCUCCAGAAUUUGGAGCUUUAAGGUUAACUCAUCGAUUGAUUUGUGAGCCUUCUCCAGAAAAAAUAUAUGAAGAACUGAAGAGCUUCUUUGACACUUCUAAGCCGAUAAGACCGAACAUUUCGGAGAUCUCAGAGCUGAAAUACUUGGAUAUGGUCAUUAAGGAAUCUCUACGAUUAUACCCACCAGUGACUCUGUUUUCUCGAGAUAUUCACCAAGAAAUCGUACUUCCUGACUCCCAAGCCGUGCUACCGGCAGGUUCGAGCACGAUCUUAACACCGUUGCUCUGGCAUCGCAACCCGGACGUGUACCCGGAUCCGGAGAAGUUCGACCCGGAGCGCUUCUCUGCGGACGAGUGUGCCCGCCGCCACCCGUACGCCUAUCUGCCCUUCAGCGCCGGCCCUCGGAACUGUAUCGGUCAGCGCUUCGCCAUGUUGGAAAUGAAGAACGUGAUCGCGAAGCUCGUGUGGAACUUCCGAGUGCUGCCGGAGCCCGGAUUCGAGCCCUCGCUGGUGUGGGAGAUCAUCCUCAAGUCGCAGAACGGGCUGUUCGUGCGCCUGGAGGAGCGACAGCGGGAGUCGAACUGAAGACUCCUAGCUCCGGGUAUCUUCACACUCCAUC